AUGGCCUCUCGGUAUGACAGGGCAAUCACCGUGUUCUCCCCGGACGGGCACCUUUUCCAAGUGGAGUACGCCCAGGAAGCGGUGAAGAAAGGCUCCACUGCGGUUGGAAUUCGAGGAACUAAUAUAGUUGUGCUUGGGGUGGAAAAAAAAUCAGUGGCCAAGCUUCAGGAUGAAAGAACUGUGAGGAAAAUAUGUGCCCUUGAUGACCAUGUCUGCAUGGCUUUUGCAGUUUUAACUUUGAGAAAUGCCUGCUUUACAGGUCUGACAGCUGAUGCGAGGGUAGUAAUACACAGAGCACGGGUGGAGUGCCAGAGCCAUAAGCUUACGGUGGAGGAUCCGGUCACCGUGGAGUACAUAACUCGCUUCAUAGCAACGUUAAAGCAGAAAUAUACACAAAGCAAUGGACGAAGACCCUUUGGUAUUUCAGCCUUAAUUGUAGGCUUUGAUGAUGAUGGCAUUCCAAGAUUGUAUCAGACAGAUCCCUCUGGUACUUACCAUGCUUGGAAGGCAAAUGCAAUAGGCCGGAGUGCUAAAACUGUCCGGGAAUUUCUAGAGAAGAAUUACACAGAAGAUGCAAUUUCUAAUGACAACGAAGCUAUCAAACUCGCAAUCAAAGCUCUGCUAGAAGUUGUCCAGUCUGGUGGGAAGAACAUUGAACUGGCUAUAAUAAGAAGAGAUCAACCUUUGAAGAUGUUUAGUGCCAAAGAAAUUGAAUUGCAGGUGACUGAAAUAGAAAAAGAAAAAGAGGAAGCAGAGAAGAAAAAAUCAAAGAAGGCAACCUAG